AGCCAUCUACUGAGCUGAGAGGCGGAAGAAUAGGCGCGUCAGCGACGUCAGCUGCGUAAUGUCCGAAGAGCCGCCGUGGAGCGCUCGGCGGCCGGCGCGACAAUGUUCCGAUGAUGUGUGCGGAGCCUGGAGAGAAGCCGACUCGGCGCCUUUCCGGGGGGGAACUUUAUGCAUGGGCUGCCUCUCGGCUCUGCUUUCUUUCUGCCCGCACGAGCUCGACUCGACUGCAGUCGGCGUCUUCGUCCUCCUCGCUUCACGUCGAACGCUUUUCUUAUACAAGUACGCAGAAUGAGGCGGCUCGUGCUCCAGCUGUUGGUGCUCGCGGCAGUCGUCGCCGCCACGGCCCUGCCCAAGAACGACGAGGAACGCAAAGACCGUGUUCUGGAUAAGGACCUGAGCGAUCAAGAGCACUUUAUAAACUCGAACCACAACCCAGCCUAUGAUCACGAAGCAUUUCUGGGGGAGGAAGCAAAAAGCUUCGAGCAGCUGAGUCCCGAAGAAAGUACGAGAAGGCUAGGCCUUAUAGUUGACAAAAUCGACAAAGACAAGGAUGGUUACGUUACUCAGGAAGAGCUGAAAGACUGGAUCAGGUAUACCCAGCAGCGCUACAGUAGGGAUGAUACAGAGAGACAGUGGCAAUCUCAUAACCCGGACGGCAAGGAUAAGGUAUCCUGGCAAGAGUACCGCGGCAGGAUCUAUGGUUUCCUUGACGAGACGGAUCCAGAAAAGAUCGAUAAGCAAGAUGAAAAUUACUCUUACGCCACCAUGCAAAAGAGAGAGAGAAGGCGCUGGUCCAUUGCUGACAAGGACGGCGAUGAUGCUCUGACAAAAGAAGAAUUUGCCGCUUUCUUGCAUCCAGAGGAGACUGAUUACAUGAAGGACAUUGUGGUGAUUGAAACCAUUGAAGAUAUUGAUACUGAUAAGGAUGGCAAAAUUUCCCUCGCCGAAUACAUUGGUGACAUGUACAAAGGUGAAGAAGGAGAGGAAGUACCAGAAUGGGUCAAGAACGAACAGGAGCAAUUUUCUACGCAUCGCGACAAAGAUGGCGAUGGCUUUAUGGAUAAUGAUGAGGUUAAAAACUGGAUUUUACCGGAUGACUUUGACCAUGCUGAAGCAGAAGCUCGUCAUCUAAUUUAUGAAGCAGACUCGGAUGCUGACCAUAAACUGACAAAGGAAGAAAUUUUAGAAAAAUAUGAUAUUUUUGUCGGAUCACAGGCUACAGAUUUCGGCGAGGCUUUAGCAAAGCAUGAUGAAUUUUAAUGAUUUUCUAUUAAUAAAAGAAUAACAAACAAAAAUGUAUAUACAUGACAAAGUUGAGAAACUCGGCUCUCUCUAUGUCAAAAGAAAUGCUUGUCAUUGAUAACUGCAUCAUCAUCGAUAGCCUUUAAUAGUAUUAUACAUGUGCUGCGAAUAUUGCUAUUUUGAUGAUAUUAAUAUUUAUAUUUUUACAGUUAGUAGAUAAGAAAGAUUGUCCAAAGGAAUAAAAAUAAAUUUAUAAAUUUUUAAAGUUUGA